AUGAGUUUGGUACCAUAUGAAGAAGGUUCCUUGAUUUUGGAUGACCCUAAUUCUAAAUCAGUAGUAGUUGUCAAUCCGACCUCGGGAACUUUAUCAUUCUUCCAGCAGGACAACGGUAAUGAUGACCCAGAAGGAAGUGAAGAUCAGACUGCAUCUUUAUCAGCACUGGAUUUUUCCUCAGGGGUUCAUCAAUAUAAAAGCCCUAUUGCUUCCUAUAUAUGCCCCCAAUGUGGUACGGAAAUUAACCCUGAAGUUAUAAACAGAAGACAACUUCAUCGUCGAGCCUCUGGUGGUGUGGAAUCAGAAAGCAGUAGGCUCGGUAUUCCAGAGAAUACUAUACCGCUUGGAUUUGAAUUCGCCAAUUCAAGCUUUUCAAGAAGAUAUUUUCAGUUACUGGAGAGAAAUCAUCGGCACUACGCCCUACAAAACGAUAGUAACAACAAGGAGAGACAAUUCAGCAAAAACAAAUACUUCAUUCCAGAUGAAUUGUUUAUCCCCGGAUACUUUCGUAAAUUUUUCAAAAUAUUGUCUUUGCUGGGAAAUGGUGCAAGAGGUUCUGUUUACAAAGUUGUACACACGAUUGGCAAUACUGAGUUAGGGGUUUUUGCACUAAAAAAAAUACCUAUUGGAAACGAUAUGGAAUGGUUUGACAAAUGCAUACGGGAAGUGAAAGCAUUGAGUUCGCUAACUCACAAAAGCGCCAAUUUGAUUACAUAUAAUCAUGUGUGGCUCGAAAUGGAUUCUUCGGUUGGAUUUGUCAGAUCCAUCGAUGGAAGUCAAUCGGAUUCACAAGAAGAAAUUCCUUGUAUUUUCAUCUUACAACAAUAUUGCAGUGGCGGCAAUUUAGAGGAUUGCAUUCUAAGAAAAGUGUUUAAUAGGUUCUCAGAUACGGAAUCACCUGAACAGAGGAAGAAAAAAUUCAGAACUCGUAAGAAAAAUCACGGUAAAUCAGAAGAAAUCGGUCUAUCUACAGAGCAACUCGUAUCGAUUAUAAGAGAUAUUGCGAGAGGUUUACACGAACUGCACAGUAUUGGCCUAAUACACAGGGAUUUGAAACCAUCCAACUGUUUGUUGUUGACCCCAUUCAAAAGUGACGAUGAAGAUGAAGACGUAUACGAUAGGAAACACAGUUCAGGUGAGUUUUUUCCAUCAAUUGUAAUUGGUGACUUGGGGGAAAGCCAGCUGGAAGGAGAGUCCAGAUUGGGUACUGGUUGCACAGGAACAUUAGAGUUUACAGCACCAGAACUUAUUAUCCAGGGGAGACCAGUUUCUUCUUCUACGUUGCCUUCAAGAUCGAGUCACACAUACAAUGAAUAUACUUUUGCUUCGGAUAUGUAUUCUUUGGGAAUGAUUUGUUAUUUUAUUGUCUUUGGUGAAUUGCCGUUUGAACCCCAGUUGGAUAUAGUUGAUUUGAAGGUACGCAUCAAAAAUUUCAGGUUUGACACCGAAGGUAUGAUUGAAAAGCACCAAGCAAUGAAACUGAAACCAAUAGACCGUAGAAUAUUUCAACUAAUGGACGCUCUUUUACAACCAAAUAACGAUGCUAGGCCCACUGCAAAGACAGUAGAGGAAACGUUAGAUGAAAUGUUAAUUAAUUCCAAACCAGGCAGAACAUUCUGGAAGGAAAAUAUCGACAGCACUUUGAAUUUCAGUACAAUCUCUGAAGUGAACGAGAAUACCAACAGCUUUUCCGAUGAUUAUAUUGAGGGAGACAACUUGACUUUAUCAUUGCCAGCACCAGAAGGAGAUCUAAGCGCCGCAUCGUCCCAAAAACUUCACACAUAUUCUGCUUUAAAUAGGACAAUCCAGGUCUGUUACAAACUAGUUUCUGUGAUAUUAACAGUAAUCGUUUUCAAGUUUACAAAAACGGGGUCGUGGCUCUCUUACAUCUCAUUAAUAUUGUUGGGGAUGGUUCUUAAAUCACCAGCUGACGAAAGAGGUAAACAUGUAAGGGCGCUUGUUUUACUAACCCUAAUUGCCGCAUGCAAAAAAUACAUAUACUAA